AACUCAUUCUCUCGGUGUAAUUCCCCAUUCCACUUUGGAGCCGGACUGGAUUGGGAACUGACGUCCUUACCCUACCCAGCAGUGCAGACGAUUUUAGCUCCCGCACAGAACGAUGAUGAUGAUGAUGACGAGAUGAGCUUCAAGCGAAACCCCAAGGUGGGAGGAAAAUCUUUGCGGGCAGAUCCCACUUUCGUUUCCCAUCUCUACAAAAUCAAGUAAAACGGGAUUGAGAAGAAAGGCAAUGGGUUUUUAGAGGAAAUCCGCAAGCUAUUUUUUUCUAGUCUUUUCCUUUCCAUAUUUGCUUCCAUGGGGAAGUCAAUCCCUUCCGCAACGCGGCUUCAAGACUUCGCGAGAGCCGUCUCGUCCUCAGACAAGCUCCGCCUGCCGAAACAAGCGAAACCCAUUUCAAGAAUCCGGGUCUCCACUCCGGAGACGUCGAGACCCGGUGGAAGCGGCGGCGGCGGCGGCGGCGGCGGCGGGGUCCGAACCGACCCGAAGAAGAAGAUGGAGGUGGGUCGCGCGAAGAGCCUGGAGCUGGAGCGGAACACUCGGUUGCCGCUGGCUCAGGUGGUGUCCGACUGCGCCAGGAGGUGGUUCCAAGACACGCUGAGAGAGGCCAAGGCCGGCGAUGGUGCCAUGCAGGUCUUGGUUGGCCAGAUGUACAACUCUGGCUAUGGCGUGCCCAGAGACCCCCAAAAGGGUCGUGCUUGGAUUAAUAAAGCAUCAAAGGCUCGAUCUUCGGUUUGGAGAGUAAGUGAUAAACAACCAGGUUACAAUGCGAGUGACUCUGAUUCCGGUGAGAUGGAUGGUGACAAAAAGUAGCUACAGGGCAGACUUGGACUCUGUCCUUUCCACUACUUAGACCUGUCUAUUGAUCUCAAAGGUCCUUUUGACUCCUCUCAGCUUCCGUUUUUGCUUGCAGCCUACGAACAGCAUCUACUCUCUGGGGAUACAAGCAUCUGCUCUUGCUGCACUGGCUUUGUGAUCAUUCCGUUGAUGUUUAACAAAGGCUGAACAUAAAGUACCUAGAAUAGUUGCAUAAUGAUUUAUGCUUCCUCUUUAACUUAGUACACUAAGGUAGCCGAGGAAGUAAUUUUGUUAAGAGGAUGCCAUCCUUCAUCUUCAGUGUCAAUGCAAAGAGCAAUGAUCUUUCAAGGAUGCUUCUUUUUUGGGUAAACUAAGACUUCAUCAAACAAUUUUAAACAUCACCAUCCAAAAGAGGGCAUACCCCCCUAGAGAACCAAUGUUUGAUGCUUUGGUUACGAAGCUUGCCGGUGUCUAGGUUUAUAGAUGGUUUCAGAUAGUGAAAGUCCCUCAUCAUAUCAUCAGCCUCAAUCGAUUCGUCGGGAGCAUUUUUAUCGCAGAAGAACAGAGGUGAUGAUGAACAAGCAAGAUAAUAUUUGAGCAGGGUUUUGCAGAGAACAUUAGUCAGAUUAGCAGCUACAACAUAACUUCAUCUGAUGAAUUUGAAUUGGGCAACGCUAUUUAGACAGAAUAUGAUAUUUCAUUGAA